AUGGACUUUGUCAACAGCCUGUUAGGCGGAAAGCCUGCGCAAGCACCUGUCGCCGGAGACGAUUCUGAACAUGAGAAUCAUCUCGCUGACUGGAGCUCGUGCACUACAGAUUUCGCCGACUUCGCAGCUGCACCGGCGCCGUCGCCUGCGUCGAUUCCUGUCUCUCCAGCCGAUGCUCAACCGGCUGCUGCGACGGGGCAAGUGGGAACCCGCGGGGUCUACACGAAGUGGUACCGAGUAUGGGAACGCACGCAGCUGUCGGACUUCUACAUGGAGGGCAUUCUGAUUCCAUUCAUCUUCCUGGCCUUGCUGGUCCACUUCUGGGGAACACGCAUGAAUAAGAGAAAGGCGAAGAAAUGGAUUGCUGUGCAUACACCCUUGCUGGAGCGCGAAUUUGCGCUGGUCGGGUACAGCCAGGUGCCGAAAUUGCCUCCCUUCACUGAAGGCGAGAGCAUCGUUGAGGCGAGCGCCAAGGCUCAGGGUGACGAUGUGCCCGAGGACUUGUACAAGGAGAAGACGGCCUGGGAGUACGAGAUGUAUGCCAGCGGUCGCCAGAAUGCGGCGUUCUUGGACGGCAAGCUCACCUUGACGAGACGGAUGAAUCCCUUGACCAUGAUCGCCGAGCAGAUUGCUGGCAUGUUCUUUGAGUCGGUCAAACCCAAGGGCGAGAGGGCUGAAUUCGUGCUGUACACGUUUGACGGCAAGGAGAAGGAUUAUGUCCCUCCACCGGUUCCAGGUUCAGAGGAGGCUGGAAGGGUGAAGGCUGCGGGCAAUUCCUCGUAUGACUCGUUUGUGUUCGCGAUUGUCAACAAGUUGACCAUGCGCCGUCUUCGCGAUGAGCGGUACGAUCUGUCUCUGACCUUCACCAAGGACAACCCCAAGCUUCCCAACUGGGCGACGGUGAUGAGCGAAAGUGCCGAGAUCAGCGAGAAUUUCUUGACCAAAGAGUUGAUUGCCGCUGUCAUUGAGGCUGAGGAUUAUCUGGAAUACCUCAUCUUGACAGACCAGCCGACAGACAAGCCUUCCAAUUUGAAGGAAACCAUCCCCAAGAAGCGCAUUGAACUCGGGCUCAAAAUUCCCUCUGAUGGCAACUACCUACCGACAUUGCCGCUCUUCCAGGCAUUCUUGAGGCUUCCGGAUUUCGUGGUGGGCACUGGCAAGCUUCGACCGGAAGUGGCGAGGAAGAUCAACGCGACUCGUGAAACGGAGAAGAGUAAGCUGAAGAAGAUCAGUGACAAAGAGGCGGAGGAAGAGAGGCUUCGCACCCUGGAGAAGAUGAAGAAGGAUGAGCGAGAUCGCAAGAUGAAGGGCAUGAGUGCGGAGGAGCAGCGGAAGUUCCUGGACCGGGAGAACGAGAAGCAACGGAAGAAGCAGGAGAAGAAAAUGACUCGGAGAGGUUGA